CAAGUUUUCCAAAAUGGCCGCUUUUCUCAAGGCUACAAGUCGCAAAAUUGUCGACCAUCCUUGCCAGUUGGAGUGCACCCAAACCAUAGACACUCUAAUCGCAUACAUAGAUAGCGGCUACUUCGUGAAGCAGCGCCGCCAGUUUAGAACUUUGUGCUUAGUAAGCGAAACUAGUCCUUUAAGUAAGACCUUCUACAAGUCGUCGAGUGAAAUCCACGAAGAACAGCUAAGGCAGCUGAGAAAAUACUACUACAUGAUCCACCCAAUGAGCGACUUUCGUAUUUUCUGGGAGAGUUCUAUGAUUAUCGCCUACCUUCUUCUCUUGACCAGUGUGAUUCCUUUAGAAUUAACCUUCAUUUAUGACACACCUCCACUUAUAAUCGCCAUAAAGUUCCUUUUAGAUCUUAUUUGCUACAUAGACGUUAUCAUGAACUUUUACACUGGGUAUGUAAUCAAACAAACUAGAAAAGUUGAAUUGGAUCCGAAAAUGAUCCUUCAGAAUUACAUAUUUGGGAAACACUAUGUUGAUGGGUUGUUCUUGGUUGAUGUUUUGUCUUCGAUACCGGUUAGUUUCAUCAUGGCUGUGUGUGCCAGGCCCGAUCUCUACUUGUUGAAAUUGUUCCUGUUCCUCAAACUCUUCCGCCUCAGAACCAUGUUCCGCUUCAUCCACCACUACUUCCUGCGGCGCAAGUUCUGGGGCGCCCGCGUCCGCUACUUCCUCCUCUUCGUCUGGUUCCUUCUCGGCAUCUUCUGGCUAUCCGGUAGCACUGUGUUCAUCAUGGGCAUCGUUAGCGACACAACGGAGGAAAUAAUAUACAGCAACAUCUACGACCAAGCCAGGAACAUGGUCGACAGGUGCACCGUCCUCAUAGAAUGCGUCAUGCUCGUAGGACCCGACUACAUGGACGACAAAGUCACCGACGCCUACAAACUCCUAACCAUCUUCUACAUUAUCCUGGGGAGCUUCAUCAACAUGAUCAUCCUAUCCCAGAUAAUUAGCAUCUACAAGAGUCGGUUCGCCGCCCGGAACAAGCACCGGGAGCAAGUGCAGGAGAUCGAGCAGUUUACUAGGUUCAAGGGGAUCUCGCCGGACUUGAGGGACUCGAUUAUCGCCCACGCGGACUUCAAGUACCAGAGGAAGAUCCUGCGGGAAGCCGAGAUCAUGAAUACCUUGUCGGAGUUCUUGAAAGAGGAAGUUAUGAUGUUCAAGUGCCAGAAUUUGGUGGACAAGGUGGACUUUUUCAAGGAUUUGCCGCCGCCGCUGAGGAUACAGAUAGUGCGGAAGUUGAGGCCGGAGGUGUACUUGAAGAACGAGGUGAUUUUUCCGAUUGGGAGCAUCGGGGUUUCGAUGUUCUUUAUCUAUGUGGGGUCGGUUGGAAUCUACUCGAGGACUGGAAGGGAGGUGAUGCAAUUCGGCGAAGGCAAACACUUCGGCGAGACCACCGUCAUCAGCAACGCCCCUAGGAUGUUCACAGCGAUGGCACGAAGUGACUGCGAGUUGUUAGGGUUGAGGAGAAGCGACAUUUUCGAAAUACUGAUGCCGUAUCCGGCACUCCUCGCAAAGAUAAGAUCCGCAGCCCGCGAAAAACAAAAGCGAGUGGACGCGUUGUUGGAUAGGCUCUCAACGGAGGAAGCUACGGGGGUUUCAUGAUUAUAAAUAGGGUGUUUUGUAUU